AUGGCUAUGGUAUCUAACGGCUCCGAGUACGACUUCAUCAUCGUCGGCGGUGGUACCGCUGGCAAUGCCGUCGCUGGUCGCCUCGCCGAAAACCCCAACGUUCGCAUUCUGGUAGUGGAGGCUGGUAUCCCCAAUCCCGACCAGAUCGAUGAAAUCACCACACCAUCCAAGGCUUUCAACCUCCGUGGAAGCAAGUACGACUGGGCCUACAAGACCACCAUGAUCAAGCGUGACGACUACGAGCGAAUUGAAAAGCCCAACACCCGUGGAAAGGCUCUCGGUGGUAGUUCAUGUGCCAACUACUUCACCUGGAUUCCCGGUUCCAAGCCCACCUUUGACGACUGGGAAGACUUUGGAGGUCGGGACUGGACUUGGGAUAACUGUGUGGAGUACCUCCGCAAAUGUGCAACCUACCACGACGAUGAGAAGCUGUACCCGACUGAGCUGAGCAAGAUCGGAACCGGCGGUCCUGUGCAUAUCUCUCAUGCCGAACUAGUGCCAGAGAUGCAGCCAUUCCGCGAUGCUCUCACCCAGGCUUGGGUGUCAAAGGGAGAAGUCCUCACCGAGGAUAUCUACUCCGGCGAGAUGCGAGGCUUGACCCACUGCGUGGACACCAUCUACCAGGGUGAGCGCCAGGGCAGCUUCCUGUACUUGAAGAACAAGCCGAAUGUGACCAUCUUGUACGGUGUUCAGUCUAAGAGCCUGAUCAUUGACCCAGCCACAAAGGUCUGCUCUGGUGUCACUGUCAUCAGUGAAGCCUCCAACACCGAGAUUAGCGUCUAUGCAAGCCGCGAGGUUAUCCUGUCUCAGGGUGUCUUCGAGACCCCCAAGCUUCUUAUGCUCAGUGGUGUCGGCCCCGCUGAUGAGCUCGCCAAGCACGGAAUCACCCCCGUCGUCGACUCUCGCCACGUUGGCCAGCAUCUUUUGGAUCACCCCAUCGUGCCUUUCGUCCUCCAAAUCAAGGACGGAUUCGGUCUCGAUGACCAUCUGCUCCGUGCUGGUCCCUUGAACGACGCGGCUGUUGCCGCUUACAAGCGCGACAAGACUGGUCCGGUUAGCUCCGGACUGCUGGAGCUGGUUGGAUUCCCUCGCAUUGAUGAGCGCUUGGAGAAGUACCCCGCCUACCGUGAAGCUAAGGCUGCCAACGGUGGUCUGGAUCCCUUCGGACCCGCUGGCCAGCCUCACUUCGAGCUGGACUUUGUUGGUGCUUUCAGCACGGCCUUCCAGUGGCACUACCCCAUGCCUGACAAGGGCAACUACAUGACUGUCAUUGUCGACCUCCUCCGGCCUUUGUCUGAGGGUGAGGUUACUCUGAACAGUGCAAACCCUCAGGUUCAGGCCAACAUCAACCUCAACUUCUUCGCCAAUGACUUGGACAUUCUCGCCAUGCGCGAGGGUGUGCGAUGGACAUACGAUGUUCUGACCAACGGCGCUGGCUUCAAGGACAUCGUCCUUGGCGAGUACCCCUGGAAGAUGCCUCUGCACUCCGAUGAUGAGAUGAAGCGCGCUGUUCUGGACCGCAGCCAGACUGGAUUCCACCCUUGCGGUACUGCCCGUCUUUCAAAGAGCAUCCAUCAGGGUGUGGUUGACUCGAAGCUCCGAGUCCACGGAAUUCGAAACCUGAGAAUCGCCGAUGCUUCCGUCAUGCCAGUCAUUCCUGACUGUCGUAUCCAGAACUCCGUCUACAUGAUUGGCGAAAAGGGUGCGGAUAUUAUCAAGGCUGCCCACAAGGAUCUCUACGAAACCCAGGGUAUCCCCUACUUUGUCUCCAGCAGAUUGUAA